AAUAUAUAAUUUUUAAUCCUCUUAUUUGUCGAUCAGUGGUCUGGAAUUCAUCGUCAAACAUUUUUUUAUCGUAGUUUUGUGAUUUAACGAAACAGUUUAUAGUUGUAAACUCGAGCUAAAACAAGUUCAGUUCAGCGACAACGCGGACGUUGGCAGUUAAUUCACGAUGGAUUAGACGGAUCAUGUCCCGCCUCCCAGUCAUGUCAGCAAAGAGGGUUCUCACCAGCAGCAGCUCUGAAAAUUCCCAGGAUAUGGCUCCUGUGAAGAAGAAACUCCGUAAAGAUGAGCCUCAGAAACCUCAAGCAGCUGCAACGGUGAUCGGAGACAAGCGACCUCCGGCUGCUGCAGCCAGAGCUCCUCUGUAUCGGCCAGUCAGAGGUGCAGGAGCUGCCACUGUGGCUGCUGCUCCGUCCAGAGGUGUCCUGAAGCCGGCUGCAGCUUCUGCUGCCCCGAAAGCAGCCAGCAUCAGACAACCACCCGCAGCUAAACCCAGUGUGACUGGAGGCGGUCGCCGUCAGCCAUGGGACCUGAAGGGUAAAGUCACCGACAUGGAGGGAAAGCUCCGCACCUACCAGACCAAGGUCAAGUCUGUGAACGAGGAGAACGAGGCGAUGAAGGCCUCCGUAGCUCAAAGUCAAACCAGGAUGGCUGAACUGGAGAGAAAAGUCGAGAGUCAGAAGAUGAAACUUAGUGAGUACGAGAGGGAGCUGCAGAGGCUGUCUGGAGUCCAGAAUGAAUUGGAGAAAGUGUCGAGUGAGAAGAACCUUCUUCAGAAGGAGCUCGCCAAUCUAGAGCAGAAAUACAAAGUGGUUGAGACUCUGCGGGAGAGCCAGGAGACGGAGCUGCAGACUCUGAAGAUGAAGCUGUCUGUGCAGGAAUCAACAAUGGCCCGGCUGCAGGCCACCCUGAAAGACACAGAAGAAGAAGUGUGCUCUCUGAAGGAGACGGUGGCGGAGCAGAGGGACGAGCUUCACGCCGGGGAGAUGGAGCGCCGGCGGCUCCACAACACCAUCCAGGAGCUGAAGGGUAACAUCAGGGUGUUCUGUAGAGUCCGUCCGCUGGACGACGGUGGUCUGAGUAAGCACAUCCAGCUGGCAGCCAGCGACGACAAGUCCAUAAUGCUGGCCAAAAGCGAGGAGUCUCAUACGGGUAAAACCGCAGAAACCCAGAAGAAUUAUCACUUCAGCUUUGACCGGGUGUUCGGCCCCCAGGCUUCGCAGCGGGAGAUCUUUGACGAGAUCUCGCUGCUGGUGCAGUCGGCUCUGGACGGAUACAACGUCUGCUGCUUUGCCUACGGCCAGACGGGGAGUGGGAAAACCUACACCAUGGAGGGAGAGGAGGUGGACGACACCAGGGGCGUCAUCCCCAGAGCCGUGACGCAAAUCUUCAGAGCCGGAGCGAAGCUGCAGUCACAAGGCUGGCAGUUCACCUUCACUGCCAGCUUUGUGGAAAUCUACAACGAGACCCUGCGGGACCUCCUGUACACCGGCAAGACCAGCAAGAGGCCCGAACACGAGAUCCGAAAGUCCUCCAACAACGAGGUGACCGUCACCAACCUGACCUACGAAAAGGUCUACACCGAGGAUCAGGUUCUUGGUCUGAUCGCUUUGGCCAAACAGAACCGCUCCACGGCCCAGACCGCCCAGAACGACCGCUCGUCACGCUCCCACUCCGUCUUUCAGCUGCAGAUCGAAGGAGUGAACGCUGGCAGGGACAUCAAAUGCAAAUCCACGCUUUGCCUGGUGGACCUGGCCGGCAGUGAGAGGAUGGUGAAGAGCCAGUCUCAGGGGGAGAGAUUCAAGGAGAUGACGUCCAUCAACAGCUCCUUGUCCAACCUGGGCAUCGUCAUCACUUCUCUGGCCAACAAGGAGAGCCACGUUCCCUACAGGAACUCCAAGCUGACCUACCUGCUGCAGAACUGCCUCGGAGGAAACAGCAAGACGUUAAUGUUUGUGAACGUCUCUCCGGAGCCGGAGAGCUUUGGGGAAACCCUCAACUCUCUGAGGUUUGCCAGCAAGGUGAACGAUUGUGUCAUCGGGACUGCAAGCUCAAACAAGAAAUAACUAUAUUGUUAAAUGAGCUUUUUUUAUACUUCUGUAAUUGCCCCAAUAAAUGUUUUUACCUGCUUUACUGCCGUUUGGCUCUAAUUGCGGCGCUAAAGUGAAGUUUCUGUAAAUCCUCAGGGCCUCUAUUAAUCACCAACAGGCUUUUUAAUAUUCUUUGUUUUUAUCAGCGGUCUCUGUAAAGUUGGCCGAGCUGUACCUGUACAUAUUUGUUUGUCAGCUUUUUUUCUUUUUUUUUUUUUUU